CAUAAUGAUUACAACAUUAGAAGCUACGCGUAAAAACUGAGGCAACUUUGCACAAACUGAAUGUAAUUUGAAAAUCUAGACAUAUAAAACGGUAUAGUGUCAGAACAACACGUCAGUCUAAAGAUAAAUAUUCAUAAUAAAUAAUCUCGUUGACAACUUUUGUUAUCAAAUAAACAUUGUUCGUAUAGGUUAUUACACGUUUUUUGAUAAUAUUGUUUAUUUUUGUUUGUAGUAGUAAAAUGGAAAUUCCGACGAGUUACAAGUUGUGCGCUGCAACUGCCGCAGUGGCUGUAGGUUGUACCGUUUCUUAUAUUGCAUAUAAACGGAGAAGAAGAGUGCGCAAUGCUAGCGAUUUAUUUAAUUAUUUAAAUGUUAAUAUUGUGACCACUGAAGAAUCUUGCGACUUCGUUGUUACUGAGUUAAGAAGGCGAUGCCAGAAGCACCGUGCCUUGGGCUUUGACUGUGAAUGGGUCACAAAUAAUGGGAAGCGCCAACCUGUUGCUUUAGUCCAGCUCUCUUCUCUAGAUGGAUACUGUGGCCUGUUCAGGUUAAACACAAUGAAGACAGUGCAUAAAUCUUUAAGAGAACUAUUAGAAGAUGAAAGCAUUUAUAAGGUAGGUGUAGCGCCCAAAGAUGACGGCAAAUACUUGCACCACGACUAUAUGGUGGAAUUGAGGUCUACGCUAGACAUUAGACACUUAGCCGAAGCUUGUGGUUUUGAAGGUGGUGGCCUGGGUACAUUGAGCUCCGUCCUAUUGCGCACCGUGUUGGACAAGAGUUGGAGGAUCCGAUGCAGUGAUUGGGAGGCUGAAGAGUUAUCAGAAAGACAAAAGCAAUACGCAGCGAUCGAUGCCCAUGUUGCCAUUAAAAUCUUCGCUUUGUUACUGGAGAGGAUUGACAAGGAAAAGUCAAAUUCCUGGGCCCUUAGCUACGAUAGUUCAAGUGUAUGGACUCGUUCGUACGACUAUUGCUCAAAGUAUGCUGAUGUUGGCUACAAAACUAAACAUACUAUCAAACUGAAGGAUCACGCAAAAGAAAAAGACUCAAAGAUUAAAGAACCUACCAAGAGGUAUAAGCUCACAAAACGUACAAGGCCUUUGUACAACAAUGGCUAUCUGGAAGCUCCUGAUGGCGAACUGUUGUGCAUUUGUGACAAUAGAAAGGGAAUGUGGUUCGUGAACAAAGGCCUGGCGGAUUUGAUUAAGGAGGAUCCUUUGACAGUCCGUCUGAAGUUUGAACCCGCCGGCCGAGCGGUUGGCGACGUCGGCCGCUACUACCAGCUUGAGAAGGAGAACAAGUGUGUCGUUUGUGCCAGCACUAAUAGCUGCAUCCGUAAGAACGUUGUGCCCAGAGAGUAUAGAAAACUAUUUCCUGAAAUAAUGAAGGAACAUUCUUCUCACGACGUGGUGUUAUUAUGCGCUGACUGCCAUCAGCUGAGUAAUAUGCGAGACCAGAACAUGCGCGUGUUUCUCGCGGAGCAGUGCAAUGCGCCGCUACCGUCCGAUUCCCGCUUCAGAUUCAUUGAAGAUAUGGCUGCUAAAAAAAUUAGAUCAGCUGCCCGCGCGCUAUAUAAUGCGAACGAUAAACUGCCAGAAGUAAGACGCAAGGAGCUGGAAGACAUCCUGCUGCAGCACUAUCCUGACCACGACGAGAUCACAAUGGAACUGCUCAAGAAAGCCUGUAAUAUACCCGUCGUCACAGAGAAUACAGACUAUGAAUCACACGGUAUUAAAGUAGUCGACUACUAUUUCAAACGACAUGGUUUACUCAAACUGGAACAAGAAUGGCGCGAGCACUUCUUGAAAAAUAUGAAACCUAAAUAUAUGCCUGCUUUAUGGUCUGUCAAGCAUAACGAGGAAAGUUGUAAAUUCCAGAAAAUAGUGCUCUCAAAUGCCGUGGAUAGGCUGAAGAUGGAUUUGGAGCUAAUGUCAGUGCUGUCUGGUAUAGAGGUGCAGUCGUACGUCUUACAGGACCACUGCUGCAUAGUCUACCACAUGCAGCAUGACACACAGCAUCAGGUCAAACAUGGAUUGAGGAUUGAGCUGAAAAAUGGUGUAAAUGAAGUAUCAAAGUCCUCACUCCCGCUGGGAUUUAAUUUAGAAGCUGUGAUGCAGGAUUUUGAUAACAUAAUGCUGCCUGAAUGUCUUGGAGCCAUCAGAAAGGCCCUGGUUGCAUAUUACAAUAGAUUGGAUCAAUUUACAGCUUUGAAAAAAAUGUUGAACAUAGAAGGAGAAUUAUUCAAGAUUCUAGAUGGAUCUCACAUGAAGAUCUCAUUUGUAGCACAGAAUGAUAUGUAUGAGGAAGCGGAGCCUUUUGACGUUAUGCUCAUGUUGGAUUACAGGGUCUAUGAUAUCAGACCAAGGCAGUUUUCAUUCAGAGAGAUUGAUCUUCCUGAGGGUGCAGCAGAAGUACUAAGACAACAGUGUGCACCUUUUAAAAGAAAGCCUUUGCACAAAGCUUUCAAAGAAACAUUUAUUGAUGGAGUAGGUCCUUACAAACUUGUUGAACAGUUUGGGGGACGUCCUGUGGAGAUGCCAAAACGUCGCCAGAAGCGGUUCAGGCCAAACAGACGGGAUUACAACAACGACGAUACUUUCCUGCCUGAGGAAUGCUCCGACCAUACGGAUGAAGGAGAUGUAGAAUGAUAAUAAUUCAUUAAAG